CUCAUCAGGCAAGUUUGUGCGCACGUAGAGUGGUCCUGUCCAAGAUGGCGGCUGUUUGGGUGAUUUUUACCGUGACUCUGUUCUUCACCCAGGCCUCAAUAUCUUCCUCUCAAAGUGCUCAGUGUCUUCAAAACUGCUACAGGGACAAUCUAAUAAGCCUUAGGAAGGUCGACUGCAAUGCUUGGUGUCACAGUAGAGUUAGAAGAGACCUUAAAGUCAUAGAAUGUGUGUCGCUGCUGGUAGGAAACCUAGUGGAGACUGAGAGUGCCGAGAUAGGCAGGCCAGAGGAGCUGCAGGUCACUCACAAGUCACUAGAGGGCCACCAGACAGACGGGGUCAGAAUUACCUGGAAACCAAGCAAUCUAGGAAUAGCGUACCUGCAGGGCUUCCAGCUGACUCUGCAGGGCCGACGGGGUGACUUCAGCCGUAGCAGGUGCGUGCAGCUGCACCUGACACAGGAGAACCUCACCUCACAACAGAAACUGAUGGAAGAGUAUCACUAUGAUGGUUUCCAGAACCUGGUUUUGGAGGCCGAGUACCUGGUAGCAGUACAGCCACUCCCCCUACCUAAGGUUUCAGAACUGCAGCAAGACAGAGUCUCUACAUUUACUUUCCAUGCUAGAGAAUGUGACUCCUUGUUGAACAAGUCCCUUCAAGAAUGCAUGGAGGAAUGGCUGCCUCGGACAGUCAAGGUCAACGCUAGCUAUUCCUCAGCUAAGGUGAUCUUUGACCUCGCGCCCGAGCGGUACAAGUUUGGCAGCUACAUCGUGCACUUUGGACGGCCUCCACACAACUACCUGGAACUGGCUACCUGGGAACCACAGAACACAACUUCCUAUGUGGUAGAACAGCCUUUUGAUGCUAACGCCACUUUGCUGACCUAUAACCUGGACAACCUGGAGCCCAGUGCACCCUACACCGUCCAGGUGUCCUCUAACCAGCAGGGUGCACCCAGGUCAACUCCUGUGGUCUUCUCUGUACAACACAAACCUGACCCACGUGGACCAACCCUGUCCACCCCAGUGAUAGUGGCCAUGGCCUGCCUGGGUGUACUGGGUCUCUGGGCCUUUGCUGGACUUGCUGCUGUACUGAUCUACAGAAGAUACAGAAGGAGAAAGAAUGCAUACAGGGAGUUUGAGGAUGAGGAGGAGAGUCCGGGAGAGUCCAUGGGCCUGGAAGGGGAGGAGGGGCAGCAGCAGGGAGGGAUGAGAACUGCACAGAGGAACACUGUGGAGAAGAACAAGGAUCUGCUGUCACCAGACUAUGACUGCCCGAAAGUCCUGAUCCUGUACUCCCCUGCAGACUGUGAUGCACACACCAACACAGUCAACCAGUUUGCUUCCUUCCUACAUGAGUCUUGCCGGUGCCAUGUGUUCCUGGACUCAUGGUACGUGGGGGAGGGUGACCUGCAUGUCCAGGCUGAGUGGACCAUCAAACACCUGACAGACUGUGACUACGUCAUCGUGGUCUGUUCCACUGGGCUCAAGUACCAUCUGCAGAGACAAAGACACAACAGCACAACUGCUGCCACCUCUGUGGACCCACAACCCAACGAGAUGUUCCUGUACGCGGUUAACAUGGCCGCGGAGAGGCUCCGCCACGACCGGGCCGUCGCAAACGGGCAGCCCUGUCGCUUCGUCACGGUUUAUUUUGAGUACACGUACGAGAGCGACAUCCCGGGGUCGCUGGAGCUGGCGCCCAAGUUCAAGGUGAUGUCAGAGUUCCACCUGCUGUUCUGCCACCUGCAUGGGCUGGAGGUCUCCUGUCACAAGUACAGCAGGCUCAUCAAGGACCUGGAACAGGAGGGGCACCUACAGACAGAGACAGGACAGUCCCUGGACUCCGCCAUCAAGGCCACCAGGAAGUACUUCACCGACAAUCCUGAUUGGUUUGCCCAGAAAUGUGCUGAGGGCGCGCAGAGGCUGGCAGGUCAGGGGUCAACCCCUCCAGGUCAAAGGUUGGAGAGCACCGUGCAAGGUGAGACACCAGUGGAAGUCAACACCCCGCAGACGAUCGUCGACGUCCACAGCCACGAAAUCCACAGAAACGGUAGCAAGAAAGUAGCAAACAUCCCAAAAGACGGCACAGAUGGAAACCCCGUCGUCAUGGAGAUGCAAACCUACCCAACACAGCCUCCCAAGAAGAAGACAGAUGCUGAGCUGAUAGAGGAAGAGGAGGACCAGGAACUGGUGGACUCGGAGCUGAACCUGGACGGCCUGGCCCGGCCGGCACAGAGGUGGCAGAACAAGCUGGCUCCCUCCUACCUCCACAUGAGUCCAGACGACGCCCACAUGUUCCCCCUGUCUGUGGCCACUCUCCCCGCACCCGUGCCCCUACUGAAGACUCACCCCGCCAGAACAGCCAGCCUGCCCCACAACUAUCAGCUCCUGGGAGCGGCUCCAGGCCUGAUGUCUGUGGAGCUGAAGCCCAUUCCGGGCAGCAAGAGGCUGGGAGACAACAACUUCCUGUUCAGGCUAGACUCCGGGGUUGACCUGACGUACCACUCAGGGUCGAGCGGAGAUGAAGCAAACACACCCACUGACACAACCUGUUGAUGAGUGGCUCGGGUGACACUAGGUUAACUUCUUGGUUCUCAAAUAGAAGAAAUAUUUGAAAAAAAAAAAGGAUUCUAUUGUGAUUGUUUGCACCGUGGUACACAGAUCAGAACAUGAAUAUCGUUAGGCUCAAGUCUCCUUUCGUCUUGGGGUCCUUUUUGCUCUAAAAUAAAUGAGAACCAAGGAAAUAAAUUGGUGUGGUCUAAUGCUCAAUUGCUGGUGUUGAACUUGUCAAAGAGCCAUCACUAACAUUUUUACUGCAGGUCUUCUGAUACCAAGUAUUUAUUUAUUAUAGGGAAAGUUUAACACCUUACUUUACCGCUCCAGAAUAUGAAAAAUCCUUAGAUAAAUCCUCUGGUAAUCAGACAUCUAUUGGAAGGAAAAAAAAUGCAACAUACUAACUGAGCUGAGCUGAGCUGAGCUUGAGGUCUAUCAAAACACUUAGGUAGCCAGGAGAGGAUUCUUAAUUCAAACUCAACGAUUCAAAUAAUGCACGAUACCAUUGCAGUGAUAAGGUAGAUUCAGAAAUUCAGAACUUGGGCCUGCAUCAGCUCAUUAUAACAAACAUUUGCCAUGUUGUUGGCCACAAAAAGAAUGCAGCAAAGCUACAAUAAUGUAUUUGGGAAUUUUUAAAUUAUUCCAGCUUUGAACGCAGUACUAAAUGUUUCAAGGGUCAGCAAAUGAGGAAAUGGAUUUGACACAUUCUAUUGUAUAAACCUGCCUUAAAGAGUGUGGGAAGGAUAAUCUGCUUCUAAGAAGCUGUAGAAAUGAGUGUUCCAUAAAUAAUUAUGAGGCAAACAUCAUAACUAAGUGCUGCAACUUUCCUGGCACAUAUUUCUACACUUGUAUAUUCAAAUGAAAGAUUAAUUGAUAAUGUGUGACAAAGUCAGAAAAGAAUUUGUAUAAAUCACUUUGUAACAUUCUGUAAGGGCUGUGGUGAAGACGGAGUGUUUAUCACAAUGCUAUAUAGUUAUGUUAUAAGAGUGCAUUUUGUUCUCUUUGAUUUGUAUAACCUACCUGUUGUGUAUAGUAAUGCAUCUACAUGUACUUGUAUACUACAAUGUAUGAUAUACAUAUUUUGGCUUCUGUACUUAUCUCAAAUUCCAUAAUUGUAUAUGAACAUAAUUUUGAAAGAUUUGAUGUUGCUAUCAUGUACAUUUUCAAUUUUGUUUUUGUAGUAAGAUUAUCUGGUGGCAAAUGUUGUACAAGCUCUCUAAUGAAAAAGAAAGAAUCAUGGUGUUCAGCUGGAUUGUAACCCAGACCCCAAAAGUUUUAGGUGAAUGUUGGGUCAUCUCUGUAUACAGGGGUGCUGCUAUGAUAG